AUGGGUCAGGAUGAGGAACACGACUCUUUCAGCAUCAGGUUUGAGCAGAAAAUAGGACAAGAACGUUGCCCGAACCACGAGAUGACGAGCCACCCCCUUCCUGGCCGACGGCACGAGGCUGCCGCUCCUCCACGCGGGACCUCAGAGGGUCAGUCCCCUUCCCUGCUGCCAGGCCGCAUCCUGCCCGAGGCCACCAGGCCACCAGCGCCCCAGCCCGGCCUGCGGGGCCACAUCUUCCUCACGCAGCAGAGAGGCCUUGAGCGUUCAGCCCCCAGUUCCCAGGCCGCGGGGACACAGGGCCUGCCACGGUCCCUGCGGGGCAAGGUCAAGCCUCGGGCGCGGGCCUUCCGCUGCGCAUUCCCGGGGAUGUUCCCCGUCGGGCCGCGCCAGCCGUGGGGGACAGCACGGUGCAGCCUGGCCCCGGGGCCCCCAGGGGUGCCAGCACCAGGGCUGAUGGGCCCGCGGGGAGGAGAGGGGUGGGGGGAAGCUGCUGGAUUGGCGGCGGCGCGGCCGCGGGGUCUGGCGGCUGUUUGGAAGCCCUGCCACGGGGGACCCACCGCGAAGGCUGCCCCAAGCUUGGACAGCAAGCAGCGUCCAUUGGGACACGGACCCCCCCUCCCCCCGGGCAGAGUCCGGGCCGCGGGCUGCGCCUGCCGAGGAAGCUUCCACGGGAGCAGGAACAGAUCCGCACUCCCGGGAGCCGGAGACCUCGGCGCUGCUGCCAGGGCCCUGCACGCCUCAGCCGCUCCCCUCGGCCGUGUGCGGCCUUGUCCUCGGUCGGUCGCCCUGACGGCCGGGCUGCUCCGUGGGUCACCUGGGGAGGUCUCCGCGGAGCUGCGUAAACCCGGCGAGAGGCUCCAGCCGCACCCGCCUGGGUCUGAGGCCACUGUCGAGCGACGGGCGCGACGUAACCGUGUGCAAGACGGGCGUGUGUGCCCGGAGCCGGACGGGCCGCUCUCGGGCUUGGCCGCACUAAGUGGGCAACGGCGCCCUUCUCGGCCUCCCGUCCCCGUCUGUAAAGCUAAAGCGGGCCCAUGA